GAUCAGACAGAGCCAAUUUUUAAUUCCACCUCUGUAUCUCACAGGAAGAUAUGAGUAGCUGAAGUAUUUGGUGCUAUAUAUAGUCAGUUGAUGUCAGCUGGAUGCCAGUCUCUUCAGAAAGGCUCUUUCCCCAGUUUGAGUCAGAGCUAGGGACCAUGUCGCCCCAGGCUCAAGGAUAAAAACCAUCGGGCCCAAGUGCCAUCCGUAGACCAUCUCCAGAGUCUUUCCUACACAAAUUGGGAUUCUUCCCUGCUGAAAAGUACAGUCAAACAGCAAGGGAACAAAAAAAAACAUGCUAUCACAUAAUACCAUGGUGAAGCAGAGGAAACAUCAAGCAUCAGCCAUCAUGAAGGAAAUCCAUGGAAAUGAUGUAGAUGGCAUAGACCUGGGCAAAAAGGUCAGCAUCCCCAGAGACAUCAUGUUGGAAGAAUUAUCCCAUCUCAGUAACCGUGGUGCCCGACUAUUUAAGAUGCGUCAAAGAAGAUCUGACAAAUACACGUUUGAAAAUUUCCAGUAUCAAUCUAAAGCACAAAUGAAUUACAACAUUGCCAUACAGAAUGGGAAAAUGGAUGGAAGCAACUUGGAAGGUGGUCCACAGCAAGCCCCGUUGACUCCUCCCAACACCCCAGAUCCACGAAGCCCUCCAAAUCCAGAAAGCAUUGCACCAGGAUAUUCUGGACCACUGAAGGAAAUUCCCCCUGAAAGAUUCAACACCACAGCUGUCCCUAAGUACUAUCAGUCUCCCUGGGAACAGGCCAUUAGCAAUGAUCCGGAGCUUUUAGAGGCUUUAUGCCCUAAAUUUUUCAAGCCUGAAGGAAAGGCAGAACUACCUGACUACAGAAGCUUUAACAGAGUUGCCACCCCAUUUGGAGGUUUUGAAAGAGCAUCAAAAAUAGUUAAAUUCAAAGUUCCAAAUUUUGAGCUACUGCUGCUAACAGAUCCCAGGUUCAUGACCUUUGCCAAUCCUCUUUCUGGCAGGCGGUCCUUUAAUAGGACUCCCAAAGGAUGGAUAUCUGAGAAUAUUCCUAUAGUGAUAACAACUGAAAAUACAGAGGAUACCACUAUACCAGAAACAGAAGACCUAUGAAAAGAAAGUUGUGAUUGUAUGUGCCACAAAAACCUCUGAACAUAAAAGUUGCUAUUUUAUUAUUCUAUUUCCUAGCAAAGCCACUCACAUUCUUCACUAGUAGCAAUAAUGUAAUAGCAAUUUUGCAAUUUUCCUUUUACAGCAUUUAAUUUCAAUGUCAUAUCAAAUACU